AGGCCUGAGCGCGCGGACGGGCCGCCCCACCUCCCGCGCCAGCUGCAGCGCGGUGUUGCCUUCCCACGCGCUCGGCCCAGGCCCCGGGGCCCCUAUCUCCUCCAAGCUCUGUCCCUCCCCACAGGAACCAGCAAAGCGGGCCGGGGUGCGAGAGAGGCAUGGGCUUACAGCCCGGGUGGGAAGGCGGCCUCCGCGUCCGCCUGGUCUCUCGUGGCGCCAGCCCAGACCCAGCUCCGGCGCUGACAGUUACCCCGACCCCAUCUGUCCCGCUCCCAGCCAACGCGGGGCCAAGCCGCAGCGGGACCCUCGGGACAACGCCACUCCGUUUUUCUUUUCUUCCGAGUUUCGCUGCUGUUUAAAGAAUUUGGUUUGGGGUUUGUGGCGUCUAAUUGUACGGAUGAGAAGUGCAGGAGGCGGCAAAGCUCUAGCCCUGGGAGUCAACUCGGAGGGAGGCCGAUGGCACCCUCACCCCUAGGGGUAUUCUGGCGCUUAGGUAGCGGGAAACGUCGCUGGUGCCCCGCGACAGGUCCCAGGCGUCUUUUCUCCCAGGUCCACUCCCAUUCCUCCGGAGAAGGGGACACAAUGGGGCUGGGGAUCUGGGGCAGGGGGCCUGCACCCUACAGGGACCAAGGCCCCUACGUAGGACUCGUUUUGAGCUGAGAGCGCCAACGGACAGACGUAGACUGUGUGGCCGGCAUCUUGCCUAGGAAGCCGAGGGGCUCCUAGUCCGGCAGUGGAAGCAGCGCGAAGCCGGAGGACUGCAGGUCCUGCCCGGGCCCAGAGUUCCCAGCACCCUCGUUUCUGAACCAGCCAAGGCCACGGAGAACUGCUGUACUGUAGCUCACGUGUGAACCAGGUCCCCAUCGCCUUCACCCCGGGAGGAAGGCAGAUUCGUUUACCCCAGACCACCUCGACUGUGGAGUCCCGCCCCCGGAGCCGGCUGGAGCCUAGUGGCAGGCGCAGUCACGCCCUCCCGCCGGGCUCAGAUUUCGACCUGAUAUUAGGUGAACUGAUUGGGGGUUAAUGAGAGCGACGCCCCGGGCAGCUAGUCCCCUCCUAGGCCCGGGCCCGACUCCUGCUGUCUGCCAAAGCAGCCUGCGCGCUCUGGCGUCCUGUCUUAUUUGUCUGCUAAAUUAUCGGUGCACUACCGACUCCGGACACCUAGCAUUUCCCAGUCAACGUUCGCGGAUCGGGCUCCACUUCCCUAGGACAAGAUUUUUUGGUCUUCACCGGGCUGGGGCUAAGCAAGCCCUUGGAGUGACCGUGGGUGACAGCGGCUGCAGGGACUCUUGGGGCGCAUUGGGGAAAGCGCCGGACCACCAUGCCGCGGUCAUUUCUCGUCAAAAGCAAGAAGGCUCACAGCUACCACCAGCCGCGCUCCCCGGGACCAGACUAUUCCCUCCGUUUAGAGAAUGUACCGGCGCCCAGCCGAGCAGACAACACUUCAAAUGCAGGCGGGGCGAAGGCGGAGUCCCGGGACCGUUUGUCCCCCGAAUCGCAGCUGACCGAAGCCCCAGACAGAGCCUCCGCAUCCCCAGACAGCUGCGAGGGCAGCGUCUGCGAACGGAGCUCGGAAUUUGAGGACUUCUGGAGGCCCCCGUCACCCUCCGCGUCUCCAGCCUCGGAGAAGUCGAUGUGCCCAUCGCUGGACGAAGCCCAGCCCUUCCCCCUGCCUUUCAAACCGUACUCAUGGAGCGGCCUGGCAGGUUCUGACCUGCGGCACCUGGUGCAGAGCUACCGACCGUGUGGGGCCCUGGAGCGCGGUGCUGGCCUGGGCCUCUUCUGUGAACCCGCCCCGGAGCCGGGCCACCCGGCCGCGCUGUACGGCCCAAAGCGGGCUGCCGGCGGCGCGGGGGCCGGGGCGCCAGGGAGCUGCAGCGCAGGGGCCGGUGCCACCGCUGGCCCUGGCCUAGGGCUCUACGGCGACUUCGGGUCCGCGGCAGCCGGGCUGUAUGAGAGGCCCACGGCAGCGGCGGGUUUGCUGUACCCCGAGCGUGGUCACGGGCUCCACGCAGACAAGGGCGCUGGCGUCAAGGUGGAGUCGGAGCUGCUGUGCACCCGCCUGCUGCUGGGCGGCGGCUCCUACAAGUGCAUCAAGUGCAGCAAGGUGUUCUCCACGCCGCACGGGCUCGAGGUGCAUGUGCGCAGGUCCCACAGCGGUACGAGACCCUUUGCCUGCGAGAUGUGCGGCAAGACCUUCGGGCAUGCGGUGAGCCUGGAGCAGCACAAAGCCGUGCACUCGCAGGAACGGAGCUUUGACUGUAAGAUCUGUGGGAAGAGCUUCAAGAGGUCAUCCACACUGUCCACACACCUGCUCAUCCACUCAGACACUCGGCCCUACCCCUGUCAGUACUGUGGCAAGAGGUUCCACCAGAAGUCAGACAUGAAGAAACACACCUUCAUCCACACUGGUGAGAAGCCUCACAAGUGCCAGGUGUGCGGCAAGGCAUUCAGCCAGAGCUCCAACCUCAUCACCCACAGCCGCAAACACACAGGCUUCAAGCCCUUCGGCUGUGACCUUUGUGGGAAGGGUUUCCAGAGGAAGGUGGACCUCCGAAGGCACCGGGAGACGCAGCACGGGCUCAAAUGAGCACCCUGGCUGGCUGCAAGCAGCAGCUACACAACACUACGGAGGGCAACCUCCCUGCUUGCCACCACUCUGCUCCCUGCUUGCCACCACUCCCUUCUGACUUUCCAGACCCCAGGUCCAGUCUGCAGAUCCCACCAGGAUGCUCCUCCUUUGCCUUACCUCCUGGAGCUGCCAGAGGAGAUGAGGUACCUUUUCAAAGUGCAGCCGAGAGUGAGAACCAAGCGACUCUCUAGGCUUCGGACACAAAUAGGCUCCUCUACACCUGAAGACAAAGGCAAGGUCAAAUGGGGACCAGAAUAAAUCUUAGACCCCACAGUCCCUCCCAUUUCCAGCCCUAAUCUGCAGACAGGAAUGCCCUUCAGGUUUUUCCCUCCCCCUCUUGACCUACCCCAGAUAUUUGUGUGGAAGAGGAGGAAUCACCAUUUACAAGGUGGACAAAUGCUAAUUAUUUUUAUCUAGAAAGAAGAGUGAGUGUUAACUUUUAUUUUUUUUCCUUCUGGGGAGUCUGUUGACUCCUUUCUUCUGGGUGCUGCCUAUAAAUCUUGGAGGAAUCAUUUCUCCUCCUCGAAAACUGAUUCAGAAACUGACUUGGGGAAGGAAUUUAAUACUUUGAAGUCAUGAGAUGCACCAUCAAGGCUACCCCCAAGAAGGGGCAGAAGAGAAGUUGGUGAUGAGAGGGGAUUAGAGGUCCUCCCUUCAGGAGGCCUGUGAAAGCCUCAUCAGUGGAGAUAAAAGCACAAGCAAUGCCUGUGGACAAGAUGUCAUUCAUUCACUCAGCAAAUGCUCAUGGAUCAUGGGCUACCAAAGUACCAAGCACCAUGCUAGGUAUUGGGGAAGAGAGGCUGAAGUCAUAACCUCUGACUGCUCCUUAAAAGCUAACGGUUGCACCUCCAAGUGGCUGGGUCUUGGAGGGAAUUCUGAGAAGACAACACAGAAUUAUAAACCUUCCCUUUUGACCCUUUUGGAUUUUAUCAGGUGUAAAAAAAAAAAGUAGCUGAACAGUUACUUCAAAGAUAUGUGUGUAUAUUCAGUUUUUUAUUGUUAAGCUGAUAUUUUAAAGAUGUCUGAGCUAGCAGGCAUGUGGGAAUGAAGGCUCUGUCUUCAACUCUUUGAUCCUCCAUGUGUACCAUAGAGGGGGGAAAAAGUGGUAUUUUCACUUUGAUGAGGUUGGUAAAUGUUUUUAGAUCUUCUGCUAUGCAUUAUGUUUGUUAAUACAUAUUUAUUAGAGUGAUGUUUUAAGUUAAUAAAGUAUUAAGACUAU